UGUCGGGGACGGCCAUAUAUAUUUGUUGAUGGCAACUGCAAACAUUCUACACACUUUGAAAGGAACAUUUUUUCUAAACAUUAACAGUUUUACAAAAUGAUGCAAGGAGUACAUCUCGUUGGUGAGGAUGAAGACGACGUCUAUGGGGGUUUUAACGAUUACAAUCCAGCCUUUGAUACAGAGAACCUUGAGGAAGAUGAAGAAUUUCAACAAGCUCUGAAAACAAGCCAUGGUCAGAGACCUGGUUUGAAAACUGGCAUGAAGAUAUCCACAUCAGCUGGGCGGGGAAAAGUGCCAGGAUCUUCCAUGGGACGACCAACAACUGGAAUUGCAGAUACAGGAAUGGCUCGUCCUAUGACUGCAGUGCGUGCAGUGGGUUACACAUCAUCAGAAAGAACAUCCAUGACUGGUGGUGCCCAGUUUGACCCUUUCAACCAGGCACGUUUACCUGCCCCUCCCCUAGAGGGAAAGGCAGAGGAAAGUCCAGAAGAAAAAAUUAAGCAAAUGGAAAAGAAAGUAAAUGAACUGGUUGAAGAGAGCUGUUUUGCUAAUGAUAGAGGAGAAUAUCCACUGGCCCUUGAAAAAGCUAAAGAGGCAGGUAGAAAAGAGCGUGCUUUGUGUCGUCAGAGGGAGCAGUCAUCUCUUGGAGAACAAGUGAAUCUGGAUAUGACUUACUCAGUGUUGUUCAAUCUAGCCAAUCAGUAUCAUGCCAACAAACUGUAUGCAGAGGCUCUGAACACAUACCAGGUUAUUGUCAAAAACAAGAUGUUUAGCAAUGCAGGACGGUUAAGAGUGAAUAUGGGUAAUAUCUACUGUGAACAAAAGAAAUAUCCCCAGGCAGUAAAACAGUAUAGAAUGGCUAUGGAUCAGGUGCCCAACACUCACAAAGACAUGAGGAUAAAGAUCAUGCAAAAUAUUGGUGUGGCAUUUGUUAAGAUGGGACAGUUUUCAGAUGCUGUCACUUCUUUUGAGCACAUUAUGGGCGAGAAAGCAAGUUUCCAAACAGGAUUCAACUUGCUUUUGUGCUACUAUGCCUUGGGAGACAAAGAAAAAAUGAAGAAGACUUUUCAAAAAUUGUUAACAAUUAGCCUUGGGUUUGAUGAUGAAGACAAGUACACUUUGACAGGGGAUGAUCCCCAGCAAGCAUUGAUUUUAGAAGUAAUAAGAAAUGACAAGCUGCGACAAAUUGAACGUCAAAAGAAAUCCCAAGCUGAUAAAUGCAUUAUGAGUGCUGCUAAGCUCAUAUCUCCUGCUAUAGAGAAUAGUUUUGCAGCAGGAUUUGACUGGUGUAUUGAGUGUGUAAAGGCAUCUCCUUACCUGGAUUUAGCCAAUGAAUUAGAAAUAACGAAGGCAGUCACUUACUUGAAAGAGAAGGAUCUUGCGAAGGCCAUUGAAACUCUCAAAGGAUUUGAGAAAAAAGACUCAAAAGUACAAUCUACUGCUGCCACUAACUUGUCCUUCUUAUACUUUCUGGAAAAUGAAGUGUCGCAAGCUGACAAGUAUGCAGAACUUGCCAUAACAGCAGAUCGAUAUAACCCUGCAGCACUGGUUAACAAAGGGAAUUGUUUGUUUGCUAAUGGACAAUAUGAGAAAGCACGAGAAUAUUACCAGGAGGCUUACAAUGUAGAGGCUUCUUGUACUGAAGCUCUGUUUAAUUUAGGUCUUGCAGAGAAAAAGUUAAACAGACUGGAUAUUGCUCUGGACUGUUUCUACAAGCUGCAGGCCAUACUUAAAAAUCAUCCUCAAGUGCUCUACCAAAUUGCAAGCAUACAUGAAAUGUUAGAAGAUAAAGCUCAAGCCAUUGAGUGGUACAUGCAGCUUGUCUCUGUAGUGCCUACUGACCCAUCAGUACUGUCCAAGCUUGGUGAACUGUAUGACAGUGAACAAGACAAGUCACAAGCAUUCCAAUAUCACUUUGAGUCAUAUAGAUAUUUUCCAUCAAAUAUUGAUAUUAUUUCAUGGCUCGGAGCUUACUACAUAGACUCUCAGUUUUGUGAAAAGGCAAUACAUUACUUUGAAAAAGCGGCAAUAAUACAGCCAAAUGAAGUCAAGUGGCAGCUUAUGAUAGCAAGUUGUUAUAGAAGAAGUGGUAAUUAUCAACAGGCUUUGGAAACAUACAAAACCAUACAUAAAAGGUUUCCUGAUAAUGUGGAGUGUCUUAAAUUCUUGGUGAGAAUUUGCACAGAUCUUGGUUUAAAAGAUGUUCAAGACUAUGCUCAAAAACUGAAGAAAGCAGAAAAAGCCAGAGAGAUGAAGCAACAGCGUGCUAACAGUGGAUCUAGGAAAGGAAGUGGGCGAGCUGGAAGUGCUAACAUGCCUGGUUCUGGUGGUUCACGCAAUAGCAGUGCAGGGAGUGAAUCAGGACGAGUGGACAGUGGAGGGUCUGACAGGAGAAGAAGUGCCAACCGCUCUGCUGGAAGAACAAAACCAUUAAUUGCAGAUAACGAUGAGUCAUUUGGUUUUGGUAUAUCAAAAGAAGUUGAUGCCACAUAUGCAGAUCCCCUUGGAGAAGCUCCAGCUCGGCCAAAGACUGCUGGCAGGCAAAGACCACAGCAAGUUGAGGAUGAAUUUGGUGAUGAAGAGAUUGGAGAUGACCUUCUUCCUGACUAAAAUAGGAGCCUUGAUUUGACAGUCAAAACUGCUCCAGAAAUAUAACCCUCCAACAGCUGAUGAAAGUUUUUGUUCAACUUAUUUCCUUUGAACAGUUGGUCAGGGUGUCCUGCUAGCAUGCAUAGAGGUGAUGCUUUACUGAAUGAGAGCAAAUUAGAAGCCGAGCAAAUUAGAAGCCCCUCAAAGUGAUUCCAUGUCAGCCCAGCGAAAGAAAUGCUGUUAAAAAUAUGCUCUACACACCUAUACCAGGGGUUUCAAGAGGCUAUUUUCAAUUUCUUAAAACUCUUUCACAUUAAAGCCAGGUACCCAAAGUUAUUUUUCUGUAAAUUUUUUUUUUUUUUUUCCAAAAGAGGAUUUGUCUUGUAUAAAAUACUCUGCAGUUACCUCAUUAUAAAACAAGGGCUUGGGCAUGUAAGAAAUGACCCAUUUUAAUCAAGAUUUCCAAGGGAAAGGUUUCACCUUGUACAAGGAAAGGUUAAUAAUUUUCACCAUCUGACUUCAUUCUUUUCCACUUGGUAUUUGUGAAGGGCUGGAAGGUUGACAUGCUUAAAAUAAAUCAAGAAGUUACAAGGGAGAGCACUGUACAAAAAAAGUUCAAACUAGUUCUCAAGUACCCUUUAAAUUAUUUGUAAAAUAAUGUUGUAAUUGAAAUAAAAGGAGAGAUAAAACAUCACCUGAGAAGACAUUAAACUUUGUUGUUAAAUUAUUAAUUUAGACUCAUAAAAGAAAGAUGGGAGAGAGCCAGCUCAAGCCUAGAUUCCUUACACUUCGUAAAAGAAAAAAAAAAAACUAAGCUUUCUAUCUGUUGUACAAGUCAUUAUUUAAUAUAAGUGAAAAAGGAAAAGAUUAAACCAGACCUUUUGAAUUUUGAUGGUUCAUUGUGGAUAUAAGGACACUAGUCACUGCAUAAAGUAUUUUUCAAAUGAAUUUUCUUUCCUUUUUCCACCUGUGAAGAAAUGCCUCGGGAGCACUGCACAAGUUUUGCACCUUAUCUCAUGAUCUUAAACAAGUUUUAAUGGUAAAGAUAAGGUUCUUGGACAUGUAAUACUUCUUCAAGUAUACUGCUUUGAUCCAGAAGCUGAAUCACAAAUUGCAACACAAAAAGGACAAGGACGUUCCUUGUUUAUCAUGCUUUGAGGAGCCCUUUGGGUCAGACUUGCACUGAGCCUGUCUGUGUUCUCAUGUACACCCUUGUGGUAUUAAAGCACAGCUGUGAAGAUUUCAAACAUUAUACCAUUAAUGUUCAAGUUCAUUUAUCUGUUUUUAUCCUCUCUCUUCUUUUAUUUGCAUGUUAUUGCUGUGUUGGUCUCAUU